AUGUGCCGCCCUGGCCCUGCCUGCAGCCUCCUGCCGCCCAGAAAGCUCCCGGCGGAGCCGCGCGUCCCAGAGGAGCCAGCCCCAGCUCCCGCUCGCAACCCCGGAGCGCGGCCGCUGCGGGACUUCCUCCUGGUCUACAACCGGAUGACCGAGCUCUGCUUCCGGCACUGCGUCUCCAACCUCAACUACCGCCUGCUCACCGGGCGCGAGGAGUCGUGCCUCGACAGCUGCGCCGCGAAGCUGGUCCACGCCAACCACCGCCUGAUGAGCGCCUACGUGGCGCUGAUGCCCUCCAUCAUGCAGCGCCGCGUCUCCGACUACGAGGCCAGCGCAGCCCAGGUGUCCCAGAGCUCGGCCCAGGCGGGAUCGGUGGCGCCGCUGGCGAGUGCAACAGGAGCGCACAAGCGGACCCUCAUGGCACCGCUGGUGACGGAUUAUUACGGCGAUCCUGAACUUGUGACCUACCCAGAGAAGCCAGAUCUCAUCCUGCUGCGUGGACCGGCAGGCUUCUUGGGCUGCCUCCACAUGGGCAAGAACAAACACCGACCUAGGGAAGCUGGGCAGCACGUGUACCUGGGCAACGGGAAGGCUGGGAAAACAUCCACGCCAACGGCCCUUCACGGCAGCGACAGCGAGCCAUCUCCGCAGGCUGGAGGGAAGACACAGGCCCUGCCUGUGGUCAUCCUCGGGUCUGCCCGAGGAUGA